AUGGUCUCUAUCUCCUCUAUCUAUCAUGAGUUGACCACCGUUACUGCUCUGCCAGUAGCACCACCGCUCUUCCGCUCCAGCCAUGCCGCAUACAGUGAGCCUGGCAGAAGACAUUGUGGAGAAUUGACAGGUCCGACCUUUAUUUUGCCGCCUCCACCACAGCACCCAGCAACAUUUUUCAACUCCAUCGAUGCCGAGUUGACCACCGUUACUGCUCUGCCAGUAGCACCACCGCUCUUCCGCUCCAGCCAUGCCGCAUACAGUGAGCCUGGCAGAAGACAUUGUGGAGAAUUGACAGGUCCGACCUUUAUUUUGCCGCCUCCACCACAGCACCCAGCAACAUUUUUCAACUCCAUCGAUGCCGAGUUGACCACCGUUACUGCUCUGCCAGUAGCACCACCGCUCUUCCGCUCCAGCCAUGCCGCAUACAGUGAGCCUGGCAGAAGACAUUGUGGAGAAUUGACAGGUCCGACCUUUAUUUUGCCGCCUCCACCACAGCACCCAGCAACAUUUUUCAACUCCAUCGAUGCCGAGUUGACCACCGUUACUGCUCUGCCAGUAGCACCACCGCUCUUCCGCUCCAGCCAUGCCGAGUUAACAAGUCAGACCACCACUCCUCCGUCAACUUCGCCCACAUCUCUGCCAGUACCACCCCAGCAAGAUUUUUACAGACUUGUUCUGCAGCACCUCCGCACAAUUGAGGAGGAGCUGAAGGAGGUGAAGCAGCAGGUGGCGGUCAACACAGCCAUGAUACAGAGACUAGGUGGUGGUGGUGUGGCAGAUCUCGGCCUUGUGGAAGACACCAACAUGCCAUUGAGCAAUGCCGAGGACCUGGACGAGCUGGAGAGGCGGCUUAUAUCUGAUGUGGACCUAAAAAAUCAACUGGUGAACAUACUUGCUAUUUUGGGAGGGAAAACCACCAAAGACGCAGUGAAGAGGAUGCUGGGCCGGGCUUUCAGGAGGUCCCUGGCGCUCCAAAUUAAUUGGACUGGCGCAGCUGGAAAGAUCGCUUUCAAGUCCCUAAACCUGAAGAGUGUGUUGCACAGAGCCGUUCGGAGAGUGGUAACCACAGCCACUGAAGAGGAGCUUCAAAAAGAAGUCUCCCUGUAUUUGAAGGGGGCGGCUGACAGGGAGGGAGGGAGAAAAGACAGGCAGAAAAGGGUGGUGAAUGGGGAUGGGGAGUGUUGAGCCCAUGUUGGCCAUAUGCUUAUGAAAUAAACAAAAUGUAUUGAACCUAAUAGCCUAUGUGUGGUGAGUCUGUGUAAUAGUUGCUGAGGAUAUAUGUUUUUGUACUGGAUUACUAAAUUAUAGAACACAUUAAAAGGUUUCUCAUCAGCAGGCUGUCUUUACCUUGGUAAAUUUUGGUAACUUUGGUAAGCCCAGUAAAUAAUUGUAAUUUUUUUGAUUGAGGGCAAAUGGAAAGUGUUGUAAUGUAUUAGAUUACUAUUUUAGUACAUCAUUUGAAUUAUUAUGGCCAUAAAUAAGACCAUAAAGGCCAUAAAUAAGGCCAAUUCGAAGCUGGUGGCCCACCAUCGGUUCUCUGGUGGUUCGCCGGCGG